AACCUUCACGUGAAUUUACCAGCAACAGACGCAGAGCAUUCCCAUUUAAAAGUGAACAGGAAGAACAGGAUAUGCGGUUGCCAUGGAAUUCUCUCAAAAGCUUUUGGCAAACUGGCACAUCCCACUUCUGAUGUCAGCACUCAGAGAAGGAAGCAUGGAGAGAGGGAGGGUGAGGAAGGAAGGGAAGAGGGUGAGGAAGGAGUUCAGAGAAAAGAGCGAGAGACGAGGGAGAAGUGGAAGGUGUGAGAGAGCGAGCGAGGGAGGGAACAAGGGAGGCAGCCUGUUGCUCCUGAUCAUCAAACAGCCUCUUCGUACUCCACAAGCUCCAGCGCCUGUGUUGAGAUGGAGCAGAGUUGAAGCAAGAAGGAAACACAAUUCUUCAUCUUCAUGUUUCCUGAGCAAGGAUACAAGAGCAAAUCUGUGAGGGUGAGAUCGCGCUGAUGGGAGGUUGAGCACAGGGAUGUGACAGUAAAGAUGACCCUGUUGGCGGGUGAUGGUUCUGACUACGACUACAGUGCCCUAAGCUGUGCCUCUGAUACUUCCCUCAAUCAACCUCCCCAACAAGAAGCAGAGGCUCGGAAGGGAGCCUUCUACAAAAGGGCCCAGCUCGCCCUGGAGCGCACCACCAUCCCUGACAACACCGCUUUGUCCGGCGCCCGGAAGAUCCACGCCAUCAUUAAUGUGGGUGGCCUGCGCUACCAGAUGCCUUGGACCACUUUAGAGGAUUUCCCUCUGUCCCGCCUGGGCCAGCUGCACCUCUGCAGCAGCUUUGAUGAGAUUAUGCGCAUCUGUGAUGACUACGACGUGGCACACAAUGAGUUCUUCUUUGACCGCAGCCCCUGUGCCUUCAGGACCAUCCUGACGUUCUUGAGGGCCGGUAAGCUGCGCUCCCUCAGGGAGAUGUGCGCUCUCUCGUUCAGAGAGGAGCUCCUCUACUGGGGCGUCCCGGAGGAGAGCCUGGAGUGGUGCUGUCGCCGGCGCAUGCUGCAGCGUGUGGAGGAGUUUGAAGCCAUGGAGAAAGCAGAAGAAGAGGAUGAACUUUUGGAGGACCUGUUGGAUUCGGAGAAUGGGCACAGGGAGCGCACGGCUGAGUCCAGAAUCAACUGGUGCAUGAACAAACUGAGAGACAUGGUGGAGAGGCCUCACUCCGGCCUGCCAGGGAAGAUCUUUGCUUGCUUGUCAGUGUUGUUUGUUACCAUCACAGCCAUCAACCUCUCCAUCAGCACCAUGCCGGCUAUGAGAGAAGAGGAGGAGGCGGGCACAUGUUCCAAGAUGUGCUACAACAUCUUCAUAGUGGAGACCAUAUGUGUGGCCUGGUUCUCCUUGGAGUUCACCCUGCGCUUCAUUCAGGACCGCAGCAAGCUGACCUUCUUCAGAAAGCCUCUAAACCUGAUCGAUGUGGUGGCCAUCCUGCCCUACUACAUCACGCUGCUGGUGGACGGUUCGUCCAAGGGGGAGAAGCGCCUCGGCUCCGGCAGCAGCUACUUGGACAAAGUGGGCUUGGUGCUACGCGUCCUCAGAGCGCUGCGCAUCCUCUACGUGAUGCGGCUGGCUCGCCACUCACUGGGCCUGCAGACUCUUGGCCUGACGGCGAGGCGCUGCACACGGGAGUUUGGACUGCUCCUCCUUUUCUUAUGCGUGGCGAUUGCUUUGUAUUCACCCCUUCUGUACCUGAUUGAGAAUGAAAUGGCCAACACACAGGAGUUCACAAGCAUCCCCGCAACCUAUUGGUGGGCUGUGAUCACUAUGACAACCGUUGGUUAUGGGGACAUGGUGCCAAGGAGCAUCCCGGGUCAGGUGGUAGCUCUCAGCAGCAUUCUGAGUGGCAUCCUCCUGAUGGCGUUCCCCGUCACCUCCAUCUUUCAUACCUUCUCCAGAUCAUAUGUGGAGCUGAAGCAGGAGCAGCAGAGGAUCCUGCAGAGGAGGACACACUUCCUGCUGCGUAGCCGCAUGGCCGGCCUGGGCAGCAAUGUCUCCUUAGAAAGUGACAUCCUGUUUCCCAUAGGGCCACCUGAAGCCAGAGAAAUGAACAACUGAGACUGCAGUAGAUGAGGACAACAUGUGGCUGUCCAAUUACAGGCAGAGUGGAAAGAAGAUCAAUGUCACCCAUUGGACUUUUUUGCUUUUAUCACAUUGCAACAACAAACUUAAAACUGCAGUAUUUAACUUAUAAAGAACAUGUUUUGUUUUUUGGGGGGUUUCUUUACAUAUUUUUUAAAACUGCCAUCAUGUCGUGACAGGGUAAUAUGCAAAAGAUAAUCUGUGAAAAGAUUGAUCUUAUCCAUCUCCAUGAGCUAGUACUGGCAUCUAAACAAAUGUGCUUCUCCCAACCAAAAACAACCAAUCAGAGCCAGGAGGAGGGUCUUAGCACUGUCAAUCAAACUCAUGUACUCGCUUCCCCCUGAGAAACAAACAACUUACCAUUUAGCUGUGGCCAUGACUGAGCAUUUAAAACAGUCUAUGCUAGCUGCAAUAGGGAAGGGAACGGGAGGGAGGAUGAGCAUCACCGCACCAGAUUGUGAUUGGCAGCGCUAAGUCCCACCUCCUGGCUCUGAUUGGUUGUUUCUAGUUAGCACUGGGAGCACUGGACAAAGG